UUUUUUUUUUCUUUCUUUUUUUGUUACCAACGACACAAUGAAGGCUGAUGCUUCAUUAGCAAAAACAUAUCCCCAAGUCUAUGAAAUGGUUGAAUUCCAUAACAAGGGUAAAGCGCCCCACUGGACUGAUUAUGUUUCCAAAGAUCUAGUCUUGGCAGAAGUGACUCCGGGACAAGUCGUUUGGGAAAUGGAAGUCAAGGAAUCCCAUUGUAACCAACUUGGUAAUCUUCAUGGUGGAUGUGUUGCGACUUUGAUUGAUAUUUGUACUUCUUUUGUUACCUUGGCCCAUGAAGGCAAGUCUAAAUGGAGAUCGAUGGGCGUAUCCACUGAUUUGUCAGUCAGUUAUUUUCUUGGUAUUCCUGCUGGUGAAACUAUCCGAAUCGUAUGUACUGCCAACCGAAUAGGCAAGAACUUGGCAAGUAUUCGUUCUAUGAUCUACAACUCGAAUGGACAAAUCUGCUACUCUGGCUCCCACACUAAAUUCAAUAUAGAUUCCCGAUUAUAGUAUUUAGAUAUGUUCCCCAUCCUUCUUUUAGAAAAUAAAAUAAAAUAAAAUAUCAUAUUAUAUGCGUUUUUGAUUACGAAAUAA